AUGGCUUCCGUCUUGGUCAACGGAACUCCCACAAAGGAAUUCACUAUCAUGAGAGGAGGUAGACAAGGAGAUCCUCUUUCGCCAUUCCUUUUUAUUAUUACAUUGGAAGGUCUCCACAUUUCUAUGGAUGCGGCUUGUGAUUUGCAUCAUUUUAGAGGUCUUUCUCUCCCUUAUAACAACGUUUCUGUUUCUCACUUCAUGUUUGCCGACGAUGUGACCUUCAUUGGUAAAUGGUCAAAGAUUAAUUUUCUAAACCUAAAUAGGUUGCUUGGUUGCUUUUUUCUUGCAUCUAGGUUGGAGGUGAAUUUAAACAAAAGUAAAUUUUAUGGUAUUGGUGUUGAUGAUUUAGAGAUCGAAAGACUUGCUAGCAUUUUGAAGUCUGAUCCUGGUUCUUUUCCCUUUACCUAUCUUGGACUUCCGAUGGGGACGAAUAUGAAACUUUCUAAGUAUUGGAACCCUAUCAUUGAGAAGUUUCGAUGUAAACUAUCUCUAUGGAAAUUGAAAUGUCAUUCCUUUGAGGUCUUCUAA